CCAUUUUCUUUCGUCACUGGAAUCCAUCAUCAACAACCCGAUUAAUCUUUACUCUUACCAAAAUGGUUCAUAUCGAAGAAAGCUUGCAGAUACCCCGGGACUUUGAGGGUUUCGGCGAGGAGGGCUUCGAUCCAAAAUGGCCAAAUGGUGCUCGUAUCGCGGUUUCCUUUGUUCUCAACUAUGAAGAAGGCGGAGAAAGAAGCACAUUGGACGGAGACCCUUUUUCGGAACCAUACUUGUGGGAGAAAGGCGCAUCUGGUGGCUACAAAGAAGGCGCCAGGUACCUCAAUGCCGAGCAAGACUUUGAGUAUGGCAGUCGCUCAGCUUCUUGGCGUCUUAUCCGUCUCUUCAAGGAAUUUGGCUGGAGCUUCACUACUUACGCUGUAGCUUACGCGCUCAAGCGCAACCCAACCUUUGCAAAGGCGCUGGUCCGAGACGGACAUGAAAUCGCUUGUCACGGACUCAGAUGGCUGGAUAUCUGGAACUAUGCACUCGAGGAGGACAAGGAAUACAUCAAGCAGAACAUUCUUAUGCUGAAGGAAGUAUCAGGUGAGAUGCCCGUCGGCGCUUACUUUGGCCGUGGUACACCCAAUACCCCCUCGUUAUUCCCGGAAGUAUGGAAGAGUCUUGGAGGCGAGUUUCUCUGGUCUUCCGAAUGUUACAACGAUGAUGUUCCUUACUGGCUUGACUUGCCAUGGGAGAAAGAGUUGCGAGAGGAGAAGCGAGAAGGCAUGCUGCUCAUCCCUUACAAUUAUGAUUGCAACGAUGGAAAAUUCCACAUGUCGCCCGGCUUUGGCAGCUCUGUUGCGGAGACGUAUGAGCAGUAUUUGAAGAACACUUUUGAUUGCUUGUACAGAGAGGGCGGCAAGCUGAUGAACAUUCCAUUGCAUACACGUAUCAUUGGCAAACCAGGCAGAUCAGAGGCUUUGAGGAAGUUCAUGAAGUACAUUGCGGAAAAAGAAGGAGUUUGGGUUACAACGAGACGCGAUAUCGCCAGACACAUGAGGGCAGAAUUUCCCUACAAGCCAAACAGGGAGUGGAUGAAGGGAGCACAGUGUGAUAAGACAGAUGUCGCCGACGAUGCUUCAUCGAUUGCAUACACACGAGCUCUCGAAGAGCGAGUAGCUUUCUUGGAGAACAAGCUAGCCCAAGUCCCUACCCCAGAAGCAACCACAACUCCGAGGGAAACCGCAAGCAACUACUCGGUUCCGUCGGGUAGAGACAAAAAUGCCCUCAGUGACGUUGUAGCACACGUCUCGCUAGGAAACUUCGAGGCGCCGGCUUAUGUUGGACCCUCGUCUGGACUAUCCUUAGCUCUGAACCUUGGCGAGAUGGUACAGGCGACUGUCUGGAAUAAGAUGUUGCCAGACAUACAGGAUGGCACUACGGGCAAUCAGGCUAACUGUAUCAAUCCCAGUCCGAGAUGCAUCACAGUGGAAGAUCUUUUGGCUCAUAGUGUCAAGGAACCUCCAAGUGAUGAGCAGGGUUCUCAAAUGCUCAAAGCGUACACAUCUCAGCUGCACUCCAAGUACCCUUUCCUGGAGCCUGAGGAGUUGUGGAAGUUGCAUAGCGAGAGACUGACUCUGGCUGCUAAAUCAACACAAACUCUUACAAGGAUUGAACGCUUCGGUAUUUUCAAGUUGUAUCUUGUAUACGCUAUGGGGGCAACUCUAGUGCAACUGACGCAAAGGGGCCCAGUAUUAUCUCCAGAGGCUCUCUAUAUCACUGCUUUGCAGCAUAUCUCAGCAGCCAGGGAGUCGAGAACCGUCCAAAACAUUGAGGCAAUGACGUUGCUCGUGAUGUUCCAUCUUCGGUCAACAUCUAGCCAUGGGCUGUGGUACAUGAUUGGAUUAGCAAUGAGAACAUCAAUCGACUUGGGCCUGCAUCGCGCGGCACAUGAACACAAUCUUGAUGGCUCUAUCGUUCAAAGAAGACGCAGGCUUUUUUGGUCUGUCUAUUCUCUUGAAAGAACCAUAGCAGUGUCGCUUGGUCGGCCUUUGAGCAUCGCAGACAACCAGAUCGACGUUGAGCUUCCGAAUACCAUCUUCAACGGGAGCCCAUCUGCUUCGGUCAUUGUCGGGAACGACAUCACUCUGGCACUCGUUCUUUUCAAGCUUCGCAGAAUCGAGUCCAAGAUUCAUCACUCGGUUUAUCGCACGGACAAGACUUUGGACGCACUCCGGCCCAAACUAGACCGGCUGCAUCAGCAACUCAAGUCUUGGCGGGACUCUCUGACGGAUUGGAUUCCUGCAGGUCAUCCAGAUCUGAACUAUGCGCUCCUGCUCUAUAAUCGUGCGCUGCGUCUUCUGAUACAGCCGUUUUUGCCGAUAUUACCAGCAACAGACCCGUUCUAUGGACUGUGCAUGCGAGCCGCAGGUGAUAUAUGCCAAGCACAUAAGAGAUUGCAUCAGACCCUGGACUACGGCCACAGCUUCAUCGCAGUCCAAACAGUCUUUGUCGCAGGAGUCACUCUCGUGUAUGGACUCUGGACUCAGGGUAAUGCGCUUUGGUCGGUGGCUGUGUCAAACGAUAUAAGAGCUUGCUCUCUAGUGCUCUUCGUCAUGAGCGAGAGGGCUCCCUGGGUACGUAAGUACCGAGAUGCUUUUGAGGUGCUUGUGAAUGCAGCCAUGGAAAAGCUUCAGGAUAGCGAGGCUGGUCUUGCUGAGAUGGCCUCGGCCCAAAUGAGAGCCAGCAAAGCGCCGGGUGCGGCUGAUAGUCGUGGAGUACAAAAUCCUGACCUCAGUGGGAACGAGGCCACGACGCGUCCGAUAGAUAGUACUUCCAAUCAGUUCUUGAUGUCUGAAGACGGUGGAAUAGCGCUUGGAGAGUUUGAGGGCGCUUGGCCGAUGGUUGCAGAGCUUGCAAAUUGGAUCGAUCAGGACACGGAAGGUGGAAGUCCCGUCUGGAUGCCGAAUUUUGAGUUACUACAGAGUCUUUCAGGCACCUGGAACGAAUAG